AUGCCGGAAGCUGGUGACGGCAACCCUAGUUCCGACAGACAACGGAACCACAGUGCGCUCCGCAAGCCAAAGCCGCGUUCUGCAGAGGAACAGAAGCAUCUCAAGUGGGAUGAAGAGGUUAUUGCGGAGCAUGAUCUGGAGCGUGGAACCCGUAUGAAAAUUGACGAGCCGCCUACUCCGUAUCACAGGCGAGAAUCUGAUGCAAGCGGUGGUGAUGAACAAGGAUCGCUACCGCCCAGCGAUGCUGUCUGCGCUGCGGCCCUGCAAGCGUGCCUGGAGCACUUGGAAGUGAAUGAGCACGGGCAAGCACUGAAUGAGGAAGAACUAAAAGAGAAAAGGCGACACGACUUUGAGCAGAGACGGAAGCAGCACUAUAACGAAUUCGAGCGUGUGAAGCUGAUGAGAGCGUCUGCCCACGAUGUAGAAGAGGAAGACGACUAG